AUGAGCUCACCAUUUACUGAAAUAGCGGAUGCUAUUGAACUAUUCAAGCAAAAUAAGUUCUUGAUUGUCAUGGAUGAUGAAUCCAGAGAAAAUGAAGGGGACUUGAUAUGUGCGGCUGUCAAUAUAACUACUGAACAGAUGGCUUUCCUCAUUAAAUAUUCAUCUGGCUACGUUUGUGCACCACUCACAAACCAGUUGGCAGAUAAAAUUGACUUGCCAUUAAUGAAUCAAUUAAGAUGUGAGGCUUAUGAUGAUGAUAGACAUGGUACUGCAUAUACCAUUACAUGUGACUAUGCCCACGGAACGACGACUGGUAUUUCGGCUCAAGAUAGAGCGUUAACAUGUAGCAAGCUUGCUGAUUCAACUGUUACUGCGAAGGACUUCUUGAAGCCUGGUCAUAUUGUGCCUUUAAGGGCUAAGGAUGGCGGUGUUCUGGAAAGAGGUGGACAUACUGAAGCUGCUGUAGACCUGUGUAAAUUGGCAGGCUUGCCGGAAGCUGGAGUGAUUUGUGAACUGGUCAGGCAAGAAGACGGGCUGAUGAUGAGAUUGGAUGACUGCAUCAAGUUUGGUGCGGAGCAUGAUAUCAAGUUGAUUAAUAUCGCAGCUUUGCAACAAUAUAUCUCGACUCAAUGA